AUGGGGUAUUGCAUCCAAGGUCCAUGUUUUAAUGAUGGGUUAUGUGUCGAAAGCGGAAGUCAUUAUCAUUGCCUUUGUUUGCAAAACUUCCACGGACCACAAUGUGAACAUAUAGGACUAAGCUUGUGCAAUGAUGUUCCUUGCAAGAAUGGAGGGAUGUGCACCGAUUUGGAAGACGGCACUUAUGUAUGCGUGUGCCCAUUCCAAUACGACGGAAAACAUUGUGAAAAUAUAAUAAGUAGCCUACUUGCAGAAGCACAGCUGAAGUUAUGCACUAAAAAUCGAUGCUUAAACGGUGCCACGUGCUACUCACGUGGUGAAGUCUUCAGAUGCAUUUGUCCACCAAAGUUUAAAGGCUUUUAUUGCGAAAUGGAAAUCAGGAUCUGCGACAGUUUACCGUGUGAAAAUUUUGGAACUUGUAUAGAAAACGGCACAUCGUACAGCUGUUUGUGUUCUCCUCGUUUCAAUGGCACUUAUUGCGAGAACAAAAUCUACUCAUGUGCUACUGGCGAAUGCCAACACGGUGGAACUUGCUACGAUACAUUCGAUUCUUACAACUGCUCAUGUCCAUCCAACUACACGGGCCCCAAUUGUGAAAUCAGUAAGUGUUUAUACAUCGUGCCGUUUCAAAUUCCUGUCUUUUAA